AUGGACGACGACGACGACGACGAUGCCUCGCGCGCGCCGUCCGAGGUCGAGCGCGGUGCGCGCGCGACGCCGCGAGCGGGCGAACGCGAUGCGCACCGACCUCGAGCGAGUUGGCGCGUGCGAUUGGCGAUCGCGCUCGCGGUGGCGGGAACGACGCUCGCGGCGUAUCGCCAGGGCGCCGUGCUCGUGCGAGCGACGCUCCCGCGCGCGGCGCGGACGACGCCAUCGGCCUCGCUCGCGAGCGACGCGCCGAGGUCGUUCGCGGGCGCGAGCCUGGG